UCCAAAUUUCCUCUGUUUUGAACUUUUGAUAUUCUAGGAAAAUAUGGAUAUGAUAUCAAGAUUAUUGAUGUUGUCAUUGUUUAUCAUGUUAAUCUCUUUGGCGCAGCGCAAAGGAAUGGUAAUGGGCGUUGAUGAAGAUGCAAAAGCGCUUUGUAGUGUAAAUCUUGCUCAAUUUCUUCCUCCUCCUUAUGGUGGUCUCGAAAAUAUGGUCUGCCAACCUGUUUGGAAUUCUUUCCUCCUACGCUACUCACAGACGAAAGACAAUGUUGUAACGAUUGUGUUAUCAACUGUAUACACAACUGGAUGGGUAGGUAUGGGAUUCUCGCGAGAUGGAAAGAUGAUCAAUUCGAGCUGUAUGGUUGGAUGGGUGAAUCCUGAAGGACAGGGGAAAAUCAGGCAAUAUUAUGUUGAGGGCUUAACACCCUCGAAAAUUAAACCUGAGAAAGGCGAGUUGCCAUUGACAAGCGUUCCACCUCUCGUCUAUCUUCAAGGUGCUACAAUAUACUUGGCCUUCCAGCUGAAGUAUCCAAAUCGCCUCAAAAACCAACCGAUCUUGCUAGCAUUUGCUACUAAAUAUCCUCAUCACCACCAUCUUACUGUACAUGAUGAUAAAACAACAAUACUAUUCGACUUCUCUUCAGGUAAUUCAUUUGACGUUUCGGCUGGACCUAAUGAUUAUACUAGCUCAAGGAAGACUCAUGGGGUAUUGGGAAUACUGGGAUGGGGACUAUUCUGCCCCUUUGGAGCGAUUUUCGCGAGAUAUUUAAGGAACCAAAAAUCGUGGUAUUACUUCCACGUGUCUGCUCAAUUCAUAGGAUUCAUAUUAGGACUCGCGGGAGUGGUUCUUGGAGUUCAACUUCACAACAACCUGCAGGUUCAUAUUCCAGCACAUGAAGGCAUUGGCAUUCUUGUUCUUGUGCUUAGCAUUCUUCAGGUGUUAGCAUUCUUUCUACGACCAGAUAGAGACAGCAAAUACCGCAAGUGUUGGAAUUUGUAUCAUGGUUGGGUGGGGAGGAUUGCCCUCUUCUUUGCAGCUAUAAACAUAGUACUGGGAAUGCAUUAUGCAGGCGCGGGGGAAGGCUGGAAAAUAGGUUAUGGAUUUCUUCUUGGUACGAUAAUGCUGGUGUGUAUCGUUCUUGAGACGUUGUUGAGGCUGAAGAAGCUGGAUGAGCCAACUCAUCUUCCAACCUAUCCCAUGAAUUCAAUUUAGAAGGAUAUCAAA